ACGUGGUCUGGGAGCGCCGCGCUAAGCCCAGCGGGAGGGAGGACUGGCGUGCGGGGCCUGAACCCGGGGCGGUCGCGGGGAACCGGGAGCGCGGGCUUCGCCACAGACUAUUGUAAGAAAAAUGGCCCUGUCAGCCCAACAGAUACCCAGAUGGUUCAACUCAAUUAAAUUGAGGAGCUUCAUUAAUGCAACACAACUCACAAAACAGUUUCCCAGACCAGGAAAAACAUUGUUAAAUAGCUUUUCUGCCCGGCCUGAGCUGUCCUCUGACGAUUGCUUUCUCCAGUGGGGAUAUAAGACUUACAGAACUUCCUCCUUAUGGAAUAGUUCCCAGUCUCCCAACUCAAGUAGGCAAGAGAGUAAUUCUGCCCAGAGCACUCUGCUUCCUGUGGUGAAUGAGCAGUCAGAGAAGACACAAAAGCUACCCAGCUUUGAUUCUGAGCUGUCUUUAGAAGAUCUGGAUGAUUUGCCUCCCUUGUCUUCAUUGCAGCAAGUUUCUGAGGAGGAAGCUAUUCAGAUUGCUGCACACCCUCUGUUACCCCCAGCUUCAUACACUCUUCGAGACUAUGUAGAUCAUUCUGAGACCCUGCAGAAGUUAGUGCUUCUGGGAGUGGAUUUGUCCAAGAUAGAAAAGCAUCCAGAUACAGCCAACCUCCUUCUAAGACUGGAUUUUGAAAAAGAUAUUAAGCAAAUACUCCUGUUUCUCAAGGAUUUGGGUUUACACGAUAAUCAGCUGGGAACAUUCCUGACUAAAAAUUAUGCUAUUUUCUCUGAAGACCUUGAAAAUCUUAAGAUCAGGGUGGCUUAUCUGCAAUCAAAAAAUUUCAGUAAGGCAGACAUUGUACAGAUGGUCAGGAAUGCACCAUUUUUGCUGAGUUUUUCAGUGGAAAGACUGGAUAACAGAUUGGGAUUUUUUCAGAAGGAACUUGAACUUAGUGUGAAGAAGACGAAAGAUCUGGUUGUUCGUCUUCCAAGGCUGCUAACUGGAAGUCUAGAGCCUGUAAAAGAAAACAUGAAGGUUUAUCGUCUUGAACUUGGCUUUAAACAUAAUGAAAUUCAGCAUAUGAUCACCAGAAUUCCAAAACUGCUAACUGCAAACAAAAGGAAACUCACGUCGAAUUUUGAUUAUGUGCACAACGUGAUGAACAUUCCUCACCACCUCAUUGUCAAGUUCCCACAGGUAUUUAAUACAAGAUUGUUUAAAGUCAAAGAAAGACACCUAUUUCUUGCCUAUUUAGGAAGAGCACAGUAUGAUCCAGCAAAACCUAACUACAUCUCAUUAGACAAAUUAGUAUCUAUUCCUGAUGAAGUAUUUUGCGAAGAGAUUGCCAAAGCUUCAGUACAGGACUUUGAAAAAUUCUUAAAAACUCUUUAGCAUUUGAUGAAUAUU